AUGAAUAUAAAUGCCACAAGUCAGGAAUUUGCCUUUGAGACAACUGCCAGAGUCUUCAGAACAGCUUAUUAUGUGGCCAAAUCUAACAAACCUUUCACUGAUUUUGAAAGUUUGAUAGACCUGCAGGAGGCAAACUCAAUGAAUUUAGGCCGUGUUUUACACAGUGUGGACAUUGUGGAUCAUGUGGCUUCACAGAUGAAAAAUGAGAUCUUGAAAAAGAUUAUCAAAAAUAAGAGUAAAAUCACCAUACUGGCAGAUGAAUCCACUACAGUUGGAAACAAGUCCACGCUGAUUGUGUUUCUUAAGGCUAGUGUUGAUGGAGCCAUGGAGCCAAUAGCUUUCCCACUGGAGCUGGUUGAGUUGGAUAGUUUGAAUGCAGCUCACAUCAAAGUGAAACUCCUAACCUGCUUGCAAAAAAAUGGUUUAAGCUCUCAACUGCUGCAACAACAGUUAAUUGGAUUUUGUAGUGAUGGAGCAAGUGUGAUGCUGGGAGUGAAGUCUGGAGUCGGAAAGCUACUCAAGGAUGACUUUCCAUCUAUUGUGCUGUGGCACUGCCCUAACCAUAGGUUAGAGCUUGCAGACCAAGCACUUGAUAAAAAAGGAGGAACAAAGGACUUUCAUGCUUUCCUGGAUUCACUGUAUGCCCUGUACAGCCAGUCUCCUAAAAACACGAGAGAGCUGAGCGAAUGUGCCCACAAUCUACACAUCACCCUCAGAAGAAUAGGGAAAGUGUUUACUGUUCGCUGGGUGGCUUCUUCAUGGAGAGCAGUCAGUGCAGUGUGGCAAUCAUACCCAGCCUUGGCACAACAUUUUCGUAAGGCAUCAGAGGACCACAGCAGCGACAGUAAGGAAAGAGCCAAAUUUAGUGGAUUGUUAUCCAAGUUGUGCUCUGUCAGUUUUGUCAAAAGUCUGGCACUGAUGGUGGAUAUUCUGACAGAGCUGAAAAACUUGUCUGAAAUACUUCAGAGCAGGAAGACCACAAUCCCUAAGGCCCAUGAGAUGAUGACCAUCUAUGUGCAGCGCAUUGAGAGCCUGUGUGACUACCCAGGGAAACAUACAGUGGAAGCAGUCCAGAGUGAGCAGAAGAUGAUUUUCGAGGGGGAACAACUGAGAGUGGGAAAGUCCCCCACCAUUGAUUCUGUUCAGUUUAUACAUGCAGUUGUUGAAAAUAUGAAGCAAAGAUUAUUUACAACGACAGCAAACAGAGCACAGAGCAGUGUGGUAACUAGCCGCAAAGAGGCUUACAACAGUCUGAUCAAUCAGAUGGCAGUCCUCAACCCAGACAGUUGGGUGCAAGACAAUCCUCACUAUGGAGAAGAGGAAGUCAAAGGUUUAUGUGAUGUCCUAAGCAUUAAUGACAAGGAGGCACAUAUUGGAUUCAUUGAAUACAAAGCAAGUGGUGGCAGAAGCAUCCCUGACAAGUUGAAGAAGUUGUUCACAGCAGUGAACACCCUCUCUGCAAGUAAUGCAGAUUGUGAGCGUGGUUUCAGCACAAUGAACAACAUCCUGACUGAAUACAGAGGACGUCUGACAACAGUGAAUGCAUCCAAUCUAUUGCUCAUUAGUUCUGUGGGCCCCCCCUGCAAGAAAUGGGAUCCACUGCCCUAUGUGAAAACUUGGCUGGGGAAAGGCAGAAGAGCAGCUCAUGCAACAAGUGGCAUGGCACGCCAUUGCAUGCCAUGA